AUGCAAACCCAGGGUUUGGUGUUCUACUGUCUCUUGAGUGUUUGCAUUAUAAAAUGUUCCAAGGUUACAUUGGUCAAUAAUGGAUAUAGAGACAUUGUUUUUGCUAUAAAUCCUAGUAUCCAAUAUAAUGCCAAGCUUAUUGAAAACAUUCAGGAAAUGAUGACUGAAGCCUCAUUCUACCUCCACCAAGCUACGAAACAUCAACUUUACUUCUCAGAUGUAAAAAUUCUGCUGCCUGCUGUCUGGCCAUUGAAUUCAAGCCUGCUUCAGAGACCAACUACUCAGUCAUAUGAGAAGGCAAAUGUGAUCAUUGCUGAACCAUACCUUAAAUAUGGAGAUGCCCCAUACACCCUGCAGUAUGGCGGAUGUGGCGAGAAGGGCCAGUAUAUUCACUUCACCCCAAACUUCAUACUAAAUGAUGAAAUAACCUCAGUUUAUGGCCCAAAAGGUAAAGUAUUUCUUCAUGAAUGGGCCCGUUUUCGCUGGGGUGUGUUUAAUGAACAUAAUGAUUUGAUCCCAUUUUACAAAUCCAACAAUGGAACCUCUGAAGCAACAAGAUGUUCACUCAGCAUAAGAGGAAAGAAUGCUGAGUGCAAGGUCAGUUCCUGUUCACCAUGUACCAUUGAUGAAAACACAGGAUUACCCAAUAAGGAAUGUAAAUUUUUCCCAGAGAAAAAUCAAUUGUCAUCAUCUUCAAUAAUGUACUUACAGGGUUUACCAAAUGUAGAUCAAUUCUGUGAUUCUGAUACUCACAAUCCUGAAGCACCCAACAUGCAGAAUAGAAUGUGCAAUUACAGGAGCAAUUGGGAAGUGAUCAACAAGUCAGAAGAUUUCAGAAAUAUUUCCUCACGCCACAUGGGUUCAGUCAAACCAAAUUUCACACUUCUACGUGCCAAGGAUCGCGUGCUUUGUUUAGUCCUUGAUGUAUCAGGAAGCAUGAGAUUGGAGAAUCGCAUUGUCAGGCUCCGACAAGCAGCCGAGAUCUUCCUACUGCAGAUUGUUGAAACAAGAUCACAAGUUGGAAUUGUCAUUUUUAACCAUAGUGCAAGCAUUAAAACACAGUUAAAAAGGAUUGAUAAUGACACCAUAAGGGAGGAUCUUGUACAGCUGUUACCAAUAUCAGCUGGUGGGGGAACCAGCAUUUGUGCAGGGGUUUGGUCUGGCUUUGAGGUACUUCGUGGUGAUGACGGUACUACAAAGGGUGAUGAAAUCAUUCUACUGACAGAUGGAAUAGAUCAUCAAAUAAGCAAAUGCUUCCCAGAAGCAGAAGGAAGUGGAGCUGUAAUCCACACCAUUGUAUUAGGCCCAUCUGCAGCUGAAGAGUUAGAACAGCUCUCAACUAUGACAGGGGGCUUACAGUUUGCAGCAACUGAUAACCUGGAUACAAGUGGAUUAAUUGAUUCUUUCACAGGAUUAGUAUCAGCAAAUGGUGACAGCAGCCAACAGCCCGUCCAGCUUGAAAAUUUAGGAAGAAACAUCAGCAAUGACACUUGGUUAAAUGGCACUGUCUUUAUCGAUAAGACUAUUGGCAAUGACACAACUUUUGUGGUUAUCUGGGAGACACAAACUCCUAAUGUGUUUGUGCAUGACCCCAGUGGAAAGAUUUACAAUAACAGUGACUUUAAGAUAGAUCAGAUUGUGUACACAGCCCGACUUAAGAUUAAUGGCACAGCACAGACUGGAACUUGGAUCUACAGCAUCCUGAAUCCUGGAGGCAAACAGGUUAUAACAAUCACAGUAACAUCCCAAGCAGCAGAUGCACAAGUUCCACCAAUCAAAGUUAAGGGGUACAUUGGCAUAAAGGAUUCCACCGGCCCAAUGGUUAUCAAUGUGGAAGUUAGUCAUGGAUUUCUACCAGUCCUAUAUGCAAAUGUGACAGCUAUUAUUGAACGUCCCAGUGGUCCUCCAAUUGAACAGGAGCUUUCUGAUGAUGGCUUAGGUGCUGAUAUUGUCAGGAAUGAUGGGAUUUACUCUAGGUACUUCCUCAGCUUCAAUGGAACUGGAAGAUACAGUGUUAAAGUGCGUGUACAGGGAAAUGAAGGUACUACAAGGAUAACAAUCAAAACAGAGAGACAGGUCAUGCCAAUACCAGGAUACACGGAAAAUGGUAAUAAAUAUUUGGCAAUAGCAAGUUAG